CCAGCAGGCAGCCCGCGCUGAUUCUGACAUUUGGCUUUCAUCUUCGUGAAUCGCUUCAAUAUUUCAAACAUAUCUUUGACCCAUUUGAGCACAUAAGAACAACAAUUAGCACCAGCACCUCAUAAAAGCCAGCAAUGCUCCCUCUGAUGCUUAGCAAAGCCUCUGACCGUGUGGCCAAAGCCAUCACAUUGCAAUGCAACAUCUGAUCCCUGGGGAGCUCAGAGAGGAGUCUUUAAAAACCACAGGACUUCUGCGAAAUGCAAAGCUUUGAGCCAUGGAGCUGCUGAGGAGCCCCACGCUCCAGAGAUAGAUGGGCUCCCACGCACUUAGAGGUCAAGAGCCCAAGUUUCCCAUUGCUGCAUGGUAGCUGUGGCUGCUGAGGAGGAAGCAGCUGUGCCAGAGCCUGACCUGGGAUUUCACCUGCUUAAGCCAGGCUUGUGUGGGCAAUAUAAACCCCUGAGAGCCUCUGCAGGACUGCUCCUCUGCCCAGCGCCAGCCUGAGCCCUGAUGGCUCCCUGGAGGCUGCCCCUGCUCGUGGCUCUGCUGUGGGGCUGGCUGCUGGCCUCCUCCUCCUCCUCACCCAGCACAGUUGCUCCCCCACAAGACCUGCAGAUCACUGACCCCGGGCUCCUGGGCUCCCUGGAUGUGGAGUGGAAGCCUCCUCCCCACGCCCAGACCUUGCAGGAGUGCACAGUAAAAUACAAGCUUGAAUAUCACAGCACUGGGGAUAGAGACUGGAAGGUUAUUUUUACUAGGAAGCUAAAACUCAGAGUUGGAUUUGACCUCAGCAGGACUGCUGAAGUGAGGCUGCAGACACUGCUCAAAGGAAGGUGCACAGGUGACGUGGAGGUGCAGAGUGACUGGAUUUAUGCAACCUUUCAGAUCCCACCACAAGGAAAACUUGAAUCAGAGGUCCAGAAUUUCAAGUGCAUCUAUCAUGACUGGGAAUACCUGAAGUGCACCUGGCAGCCCGGUCUCCUCACACCUCGUGGCGCACAUUAUGGGCUCUAUUAUUGGUACGAGGGGCUGGAGCAGACAACACAGUGUGCUCAGUACAUCCAGGAGCAGGGGCUGAACCUGGGCUGUGUGCUGCACAACCUGAGCCAGGCAGAGUACCGGGAUCUGCACAUCUGCGUCAAUGGCUCGGCAGCAGCCGCCCAGCUCCGGCCGCUGUACAGCACCCUGCGCCUGCACAACCUCGCCCAGCCCUCGGCCCCGGAGCAGCUGCAGCUCUCGCUGUCCGCAGCCCAGGAGCUGAGGGCCGCCUGGAGCCCGCCGGGCGGGCGGGUGCCGCCGCACUGCCUGGAGUACGAGGUGCAGGUGGCCGAAGACGCGGCGGCCUGGGCGUUUGUUUCGACCCAAAUGGAAACUGCUGUAACAAUUUCCAGAGCAAACCAAAGCCAUGUUUCAUGUGUUCGUGUCAGGGGGAGAACAAACAUUUUCUGUGCAGACCAAGGCUUCUGGAGUGAAUGGACGCAGGACUGUUUCUCUGUGCCCAGAAAAGAGGACAAGCAGCUAUUUAUUCUCAUUCCAGUAAUCCUGAGUUUGUCAAUUAGCCUCAUAAUAUUUAUGUUGAUUGGCCAGUGCAAGAAAAGAUCCCCAGCAGGAAAGCCAUUGCACACAUCUGUGGGAUUCUAACUGCCUGUGCCUGCUGCGCUGCUGGUGUUUGGUGGGCUGCUCAUGGAACCAUCCCAAGGACAGCCCAGGAGCCCUGAGCUUUCUGCAGCCCACGUGGGUCUUCCCUGCCUGCUGCCACUUGUGGAGGCAGCUGCUGCAAUCCCAGUCCUCAACAGGCCCAGGAAAACUGGAGGGGCUUGAACUGACUGCAGGAAAACUGGAAGAGAUCUGACCUGCCUCUGAAGCAAAGGUGUUUAUGAUACCAGGACAAGGGAGAAAAAGAGGCAGUGGAAACUGCCAUGAAUAAAGAUAACAUGUUCUUCUG